AUGGUUUAACAAGUCUUUAGCACUUCAGAAUUGAUUUAUUAAUUCUAUGCCUCAGUAAAUGGGCUUGAAGGUUAUUAUUUUUCCAUAUUAUAGGAUGGAAGUCUAGUACUGCUAGUAUAUUUAAUAGCUAUGAUGUAAACCUGUAUGGAGGCAAGUCUCCAGACAUUAGUAGAAUAUUUCUUGAUCUGAAUGCUCACUAUUAAAUAAAAAUAUAAAUGGAAUUCUCAAGGUAUCUCAAAGGGAAAUAGAAAAAAGUAGUAGAUUCUUUCUUUUGGACAGAUACCAAAGAUGAUACUUGCAAAGACACCCAUUAGCCGUACCAACUGUUUUUUUUCACUAGGAUCAGAUCUCGUAACUUUACAAUUUACAAUUUUAUUAAUUAAAGAAAAUUCGUUUUUUAAAAUUUACAAAAUAAUAUAAUUUAUUUUUCAUCAUUCAAAUACACUAUCAACAUUAGACUAACAAUACUAACAGAAGAAGAAAGAGUUCUAAUGAUAAGUACUAUAGUGAAUUUUAUGAAAAGUUAAGCCAAAGUUACUUAUAAGGAGAGAAUUCAGCGCUUCUUAAAUUUAUGAAUAAAUGAGCUAAUAAGUUUAAAGCGGUGAGUUAGCAAAAGAAAUUUCUCUUAGAACAGUGGAUCAUAAUUUAGCAGUAGUAAGCAGAACUGGGCAAAAAAUGGAAUAACCUAUCAAAUGUAGAUUAAUAUAAUAGAUUUCAAUCAGCAAUGAUGUUAGUUAUUCUAUUAAUGACAGUAGAAUGGUGGCUAUGAAGGUUGGUAUCCUUAUGAGAUUAAAUGAGAUUAUAAAAAAUGAAUAGAGCUAAUCUGCAUUAUUAAACUUUAAAAACUCCUUAUAAAAAGCUAAUAAAAUUGUCAAAAAUAAAUAUAUCACUAUUGAUUUAGCUAAUGAAAUUAAGAACAUGAAGGGAAUUUUUAUGCAUAUAAAUUGUUGUUUAUUCCCUUUCUCUUUAUACAGAGCUUUGAACUCUUUGGUACACUUAAAACCAUUCAAAAAAUCACUAUCAUAGCACCUUACUUAAUUAUAUGAAAUUAAAAAAAAAAAUAGUAUAUGUUAUGGUAAGUCACAAUAAUCUCUUUAGUUAUUUAAAUUCGAUUCUUAAAUGGAUUUGAUUUAUUCGGCUCUGAGAAAUAGGGAUUAUCCAUAAAAUAAAUUAUUUUUUCUACAUUCCAACAUUAUUAUAAGUGGACCGAAUGA